AUGACAAGCCGCGCGGAACUGCUCGCUUGGGUCAAUGACCUACUUCAAUUCAGCUACACCAAAAUCGAGCAAUGCGGUAGUGGUGCCGCUUAUGCUCAAAUCAUCGAUUCAAUUUACCAGGAUGUGCCGUUGACUCGAGUAAAGAUGAACGCCAAUCAGGAAUACGAAUACUUGAAUAAUUUCAAAGUUAUACAAGCAGCUUUCAAAAAACAUCAGAUUGACAAACCCGUCCCCGUAACAGCUUUGAUCAAGUGCAAGAUGCAAGAUAACCUUGAAUUUCUACAGUGGCUCAAGAAGUAUUGGGAUAUGCAUUAUCCUGGUGGAAAUUAUGAUGCAGUGGCCAGACGAAAAGGCGCGCCUGCGGACCCAAAUCCAUUGAUCGCGGCCGGAGCUCCACCCAAGACUGCUUCCAAUGGCGCUGGUCGAACUGGCAAAGCUUUGGGAAUGUCAACUGGAAUGGGCGCCAGGGCUACUAGUAGAACGGGUACCACACUUGGAACUCAGAAAGAAAUCGAAAACUUGACGACUCAGUUGGAGGAAUUUAAACUCAGCAUGGAAGGAUUAGAAAAAGAACGCGACUUUUACUUCAACAAAUUGCGGGACAUUGAAAUUUUGAUUGGUGCUAGGGUGGAUUCUAAAGAUGCAAAAGUAUCAGACACCGAGUUGGAGAACUUGAAACAGAUGCAGGCAAUUUUGUAUUCAACGGAGGAGGGAUUUGAAGUACCUGAAGUGGAUGCCGGACUAGUUGAUGAAGAGGAAACAUUUUAA